AUGAUGAUGGGCUUCACGGAUGAGGAAAAUAUAAGAGCUGUCUUAAAGUCUUGCAGUUCAGAUGUGAAUGAAGCAAUUUCUCUAUUGGCAUCUGAGGGUACAUACUCAGGAAAUAGUUGUAAUUUCUUAUCGGACAAUAAUGUAGUCAAUGAACAAGUAUCAGAAGAUAAAUGUUCUGGAAGAGGAGAUACUUCAGUGGAAAAAGACAUGGAUCCACUCGAUAACAUGAUCAAAGGACAUGAUAUUAGCCGAGGAUUUACAUCUUUUGAAUUUAACAGACUUCAGAAUCGCAUUUCUACAGAACAGUGGGAUAUUCCCUGUUUAAGAUCACAAUCUCUUGGCCUUUGUCUGUUGGGCACCAUUCAUGAAAUCAAAGUUAAUGGUCUGAAAAUCUUCGACUUAUACCCUGAAGCUGAACGAUUCCUCACUAGCUGCCUCAAAGAAUGUGUUUCUAAGCUUAUGACAUCUCAAGCUGUGUACAACUGGGAUCGUGAUACUCUGGAAGGUGUACAUAAUAUGCUAGAAUUGAUUGUUCGUUUGAUUUGUGAAUAUAUGAGUGUGUGA